CGGCAGUGGUCUGUGAAGACAUUGAUAGCUAUAGUCAGUCAAGUGUGGAACCUUUCAAUGAACAUAGCUGGAUUUGAUGAUGUGAGAUUUGAAGCUGCAAGUGAACUCGCAAAAUUGUAUGAACAGACUGGUGGAUCCAAUAAUGCCAAGGUUGUAUUAAUGAGGGCAACAGAACUCUCAAGGCAAAAUAUAUUUUGGCAUUGCCGCCUAAUAUUUCAGACAGCUCAGAUUGGAGUGUCAGAGCUAGAUUAUGCUACUGCAGGAGGUCUUCUUCAAGUUGGAAUUGAGUACUGCCAUAUUCAAGGUGUUGCUUACAAUCAGUUACUUUUCCUUUUGAGUAGAAUUAUGGUAUUUUUACUGGAGGGUCGAAGUGCAGUUGAAGUGCAAACCCUGUUGACACAGGCCAAUCAGAAUGUUGAACAGUAUAAUGGAGCACAUGGUCAAAAGGAACAUCUCAGGGAAAGAGUGGUUCCCGGACCUUCUCAAUCUGCUAGUGGAUUUUCCCAGACUACUUCCAACAAAAUCCAUCGCUUCUUAGACAACCCCAUUUCAACCGAUAUCACCAAGGUGGUCCGCUCUGCCCUGACAGGAUUCAGACUGUCAGGAACCUUGUCAGAGCAAAAUGUUUUUCGUGAAGGGCGUCAGAAGCUAUUGCUAGCUGCAGAAGAAGCUCUUCUGCCAAGCUCUACCAGUCCAAGAGGAGAGUCUUUAGGUCAUGGUGCAAACGACAUAGCAUCUCUUCUUCUAAAACAUCUAUAA